AUGGCGCUCUCCCAAGCAGCAGCCGUCGUCGAAAAGAUCAUCGGCCACACAGGCGACGCCGAAACUGAACAGAACCUCAGUAACCCAUCGAAAGAUGCCGAGAAGUAUGCAGAUCCUUCCGGUGAGAAGAUGAAAGCGCUUGUGUGGAAUGGAAAGAACAGCGUCAAGGUCGUCGAGACUUUCAAGCCUGCAAAGAUCGAAGAUACGGACGUCAUCGUCAAAGUCACUGGAUCAACGGUCUGCGGCUCAGAUCUUCACCUCUAUCACGGUGUGGUGGUUGAGCUUCAGAAGGGGGAUAUUCUCGGCCACGAGUUCUGUGGGGUCGUCGACAGUGUCGGGCCCAAAGUCAGCAAAGUCAAGCCUGGCGACCGCGUGGUCUGCAGCUUCCAAAUCGCCUGUGGAAGCUGUAUGUACUGCAAGCGCAAAUUGAGCAGCCAGUGUGAGAAGACCAAUGAUAACACGAUCGAGAAUAUCAUGUACGGGGGUCGCACCGCGGGCAUGCUGGGCUACUCGCACUUCACUGGUGGUUAUGCCGGUGGCCAAGCCGAAUAUGUCCGUGUUGCGUAUGGCGAUACUAACCUCCUGAAACUCCCAGAUGAGGUGCCUGAUGAAAAAGGCCUCUACUUGUCGGAUGUGUUGAGUACAUCCUGGAAUGCCGUUGUCGACACGGGGGUCAAAGAGGGCGACGUGGUGGCCAUAUGGGGCGCAGGUCCCAUCGGCCAGAUGUGCGCAGCCAUGUCGUUCAUGUGUGGUGCCAAGCGUGUCAUCGUCAUUGACGGCGGUGAUGCCUCAUGGCGCCUCGACUUCGUGAAGUCUAAACUCCCCAAGGUCGAGACCAUCAACUUCACAGAUCUGCCCAAGGGUGAAAACGUUGUGUCAACUCUGAAAAAGAUGGAACACGGGGGCCCCGAUGUCGCCAUUGAAUGUGUGGCGGGCGAGUAUGCGAAGGGAUGGGCUCAUUACUUCGAGUUGCUCCUUGGUGCCGAGACAGACACUUCCGAAAUUGUCAAUGAAAUGAUCAUGAGCGUCAAGAAUUUUGGCCGCUGUGGAAUCACGGGCGUCUAUGUCGGCUACACGAACCACUUCAACAUCGGAUCUCUUAUGGAACGCGGUAUCCGGUUGAUCGGUAACGGCCAAGCUCCCGUGCAUUUGUACUGGGAGGAUCUCCUGAAAAAGAUACAGGAUGGGAGCCUGGACGUCUUGCAAAUGGUCAGCCACCGAGUGCUGCUGGAAGAAUUGGAGGAAGUGUACAAGCGAUACGAUGCACGUGAAAAGGGCAUCCAGAAAGUAUAUGUUCAGACAAAGUUCAGUGCUCCGCCAUGCGAAGGAUCUCCUCAGUUAACCAAGUUUGGCACCGCAUGA